UUCCUCUUGCACCCGGAAGAGGCGCCAAAAUCGAAAAGUUUUUCCUGUCAAAUGAGAGGACGUAAACACACGGCUCGUUUGGCGGCGUAAUUAUAGGAAUUAGUUUGAAAUACUUUCGAUGUAUUUUUGCCUAAUUGAGCCUCUUCUCUGACAAUGGACCCGACCAGACAGUUCUUUUCCAAGCUGAGGAAGCUGGCGGUGACCCUCGAGUCACAAACAGACCAACUCCAGCAGACCUUUGAAACCCGUCACAACCACGGUGACGACGAAACUACGGCGAGAGCGAUGCGAGCGUAUCACGAGCUGAACUGCGACGUCGGAAACCUAAAGGGGCAGAUCCAGGAACAGCUGGCUCAGCAGAAAGCAAAGGAGAAUGAGGUGAGCAGCUUCAUAAAGGCCUGUAGGGUCAUGGAGCACAGGGUCACUGAGGACAUCCAGACAUUGAGGGCACACUGGGAAAAAUACGGUUACCGAGCUCCCCGAGACACCCAGAGACCAACCAGGACCAAAAGUCAGGAGUCGGAUGCUGAAGAUGAGGUAGCCGAUGAGUCAGCAGGAGGAGAAGCGGGAAGCCAGGAGGAGGCUGAAGGUAAUCACUCUUCAUCGCCUCUGAAAGCCGGACCGCCGUCCUUCGCUGACGUGCUGCGAACCCCGCAGCUCUCUGACUUUGGUCUGUCUGAGAUGCAGCUGAAGAGAACUCUGGCUGGGGCGGAGUGGUGCUCUGAAGUGCCCCCUAUGCCUGAGAUGAGCCUCCCUCUGCCAUCCCUCAGCACGCCCGCACCGCCGCCCAUGCCCAUAACUCCCAAAUGUGCCCUGCGGAUGGAUGACGAUGAGCUACAGACGCCCCAGAUGCAUGACUUUGGCAUCUCAGAGCACACCAUGUGUCUGAACAAUGACUUCACCAUGGAUCUGCUCCAGAAGAAUGUUGAAAAGCCCCAAAGGCCACCACAACACAUACCUGCACCACCAGUGAACUCACUAAUGGAGAGUUUGCAGGCAAAAGCAGACAACUUGGAGUCCCCAGAGCCACCUGUGUUUUGCACCCCAGGGUUCAAAAUCAAAAAGACCAAUGGUCAGUGCUCCCCACCUGCACAGGGCAACGAUGAUCCAGAAUCCCCCGGUCGCCCUGGAAACCUGCCGACCACCCCUGAGGUCCCAGCGUUUCAAACCCCGUACAUGAACCGACUGGUCAGCAAUAAAAAGAGUGCACGGCAGCCUGAGCCUAUCAACAUGCAAACUGACGAGGAUAGCCACACCUUCCAACUUCCAACAUCUCCUCAUAAUGGAGCAACCGGCUCCAAACGUGCCUGGGAAUACGAUGUGCCAGAGAUAUCCAUCCUGGGUGUGGAGGACAAGCAGAUUCCAGAGAUGCCAAACCUGGAGUCUGUUUUGGGGAAUUCUUUACAAAGUAGAAGUGCCAAAAUGCAGAAGAAGACUAGUGAGCAUGAAAAGGUGACCAAGCUGGAGCUCACGGUCAGCAGUCUGGAGCUGGAUGGACCCACCCAGGAGUUCAGUCUGGGGACACCUCGCAUCAGGACAGACUUCCAAGAGUUCAACACCCCAGAGAUGCCAGAUCUCAGCUCUGUGACACAGGACAUCUGUAAACUUGUGUCCCAGACUCAGGUAAAGAAGACUGUCAUGGCUGUUGUGCACCCACAUGUCAGGCCAGAAAAAGAUAAAAACAGUUCUCGUCCCAGUGCUGUGAGUCUGUCUGUGGUGUCAGAGAGCGAGUUCCAGAGUUUACCCAGCUACCUGAGGCAGAUGGCUCUGCACAACCUCAACCAGGCAAUCCACAACAUCAACAAGUUCACAGCAGAGUUUCCAGGAGAGAAGACAGAGUUUCAGAUGGAGGAUCUGAGGCGGAUUACCAAUGUCGGAACCAAAACCCCUGUAUACAUCCUCUGUCUAAUGGAGCUCAAGAGGCUGAAGCAUGUGGGAGGAGCCAGGAACACCUCUGUGUACAAAUUGAACACACACAACUAAAGGUUGCUCGGAUACAUUACUCUUCUGCCUGAAUGGGAGCCUAAAAUGUAGCAGAGAAAGGAGGCUUGGUAACUUUUGUUUCUAGAUUGUAAAUAGUUCUGAUGCAUGGCUAGUCAAUAAUCUGCAUUUAUGUACAUUUAUUCUGGUUUUAAGCUUACCUGUAUAUAAUAAAAUCAUAACACAUCACUGCACAUAA